GCAGUACACAAUGCUCCCUGGUGCCUUCCUUGCAGAUUUGAAACACGGGAACAUUGUAAGUCAGCUGUGACUCUGCCACAUAGAAAUGUUCCUCCCUUCGGUCGGCAAGCUUUUGUUUCCCAAGAAUGUUGACGUUGCGGACUAACACGACAUCACCUACCUUGACAGUAGCACCACAGGCUUUAUAAGUCUUCCCCUGUUUGGCGCGGGUCGGGUCCAGAUUUUGAGAAACUGCAUAUAAGAUGGCGAUGAAGUGGUGGCAAGAGACGUGCCAAAGGCAACAUCAACAGAAAGUCUAGGAUGUCUGCCAAACAUGAGGAAUAAUGGGCAUGAACCCAAAAGACAAGGUACAGUUAUAGGCAUGGACCACAUGAGCAAUAUAGUCCUUCCAACGGGCCUUUUCCUGAGCAUCCCAAGAAGUGUUCGGUUAAACUUAUCACAUAACCCGUUCCCCAUGGGGUGAUAGGGAGUUGUCCUGCAUCCCAAGAAUUGCAAGAGCAUACUUGGUGAAGUGGUCAGUAACGGCCAGAACAUUUGAGUAACUUCCAGAUGAAGGUUCCAGACUGAGAUAGUCGACACACACCAUUUCCAUGCUCAGUGAGAGCUCAGUCUGAUUAGCGGUUUUCCGAAGAAUGCACCUCUGGCAGCUAUGAAUGUGGUUCUCGACAUCUCCCAUCAUUCCUCGCCAAUAAAAAGUCGUCUCAAGAAGACAUCAUGAUGAUGAGAAAUGAAGGAUUCUUGUUGCUGCUGUGGAACAAUGAGCUGAAAGUAGGGAUGAUCACCUUAUGUAGUCUGUUUCCUUUAAAGGUGAUUGUUAGUGAUGGGAAGAGCAUCCCACUGCCCGAGGAUUGAAGCUGUGUCACGAUCCAAUGACUUAAGAGACUCCUUUGAUGGACGCUGAUCUUUGCAGAGAAGGUCCUCAAAUCAUGCAGUUAGAGGGGUCCACCUGCUGACAAGAAAGCUUAUCUGCUGAUCAGUCCCAACAUUGGUAGACUCGAAAUCGUCAACCGCUAAAACACAGUUCAAUACCUCGUGUCAAAGUGAGAACGUCUCUACAACACCAGAUGACUGCUGACUGUUGCAAACCGCAGACGCAUACCUCUUUCCAUUCUUUAGCCAGGGUGAACUCAAGAUAUAGCUCUAAUUUUAAUAGAGCCUGGGCUGCUGUUCUUUGGAUGGCUGCACCAGUGGUGUUAUUUCUAGCUCGUUUUUAUUCAUGUACUGCAAUACUGUUUUAGGUAUACAUCUGUCACUAGGAAGCCAUUUUUAGCGUGACGUCGUCCCCUAGGCGAUUGACAUUGGUCAAUCAGAACACUCGAACCAAAAAGGUCUAAUCAUAAGUGGCUGUUUUCUUCUGCAUCAACUCUGAACAUUCAUAUUUGCAAACAUGCAUAUGUCUACGAAUCAACCUGAGGCAGGAGAUAAACGGAAGGUAGAAAUUGUAGAAGGAGGUGACCAAGGGGCUUUCUCCACAAAGCAAAGUCGGCUCAAGAAUGGGGAUCAAUCUGGUACCUCAAGUGGCCCAGUACAAGAUUCCAGUUCAAAGAUCUUCCAAGACCCUGUUCACGGAACUAUAACGGUGACGGGUUUGUGUGUGAAGAUAAUAGACACCCCGCAGUUUCUGAGGUUGAGGUAUUUGAAGCAACUUGGAGGAGGUUACUUUGUAUACCCGGGCGCAGCACACAACAGGUUUGGACACAGCAUCGGAACCUACUAUCUGGCUGGAACAUUUGCUCGGAUUCUGCAACAGGAAUAUCCAGAUUUGAAGGACGAUGAAAUCAAGUGCAUUGAAAUAGCAGGACUGUGCCACGAUCUCGGACACGGCCCAUUCUCCCACGUCUUUGACAACUUCUUUAUACCUCGUGUGGUGCCAGGCAGCAAGUGGAAGCAUGAGGAUGCAUCAGUAAUGAUGUUGAAAUAUUUACGUGGAGAAAAUAUCGAAGUGAAGAAAGCCUUUGAUGAGUUUGAUAAAGAUGGGACUCGUCUCGAGCUCAUUAAGGAUCUCAUCCAAGGCGGGAAAGGAGAGGAUCAUGUGAAAGAUGAACGUGUGCUCGAAAAGAGGAAAACAAGGCCUUUUCUUUAUGAAGAGGCCGACAACCUGUACGACAUGUUUCACACCCGGCUGACGUUACACCGAAGAGCAUACCAUCACGAAGUUACCCGUGGAGUGGAACUCAUGAUUGUUGAUGCGCUCGUAAAAGCUAACGCAACUGUGCGGAUAUUAGGACAGAAUCGUUACCGAAAAAUAUCUGAAUGUAUCGAGGACAUGGAGGCCUACUCCAAGCUAAAUGACAGCAUCCUACAACUGGUGGAGCUUCCCAUAACACUGGGGACGAGUCCCCAAGAAACUGACUCUGGCACACUUGAAGCAAGAGAAAUCAUCGGAAGAAUCUGGAAAAGAGAUUUGUAUAAGUGUGUUGGCCAAUACAAUCUGUCUGCUGCGGACCCCUUUACACAAGAUGACAUUCCGGGUAUUAAAGAAGAAAUUCUUCAUGCUGAAAAAGAAACAACCUUUGAUGGAGAACAGUUUGACAUCAUUCUGAAGUCUUUCGAUUAUGGACAGAAAAAAGAUGAUCCAAUAACAAAAGUUUGGUUUUAUAACAAAUCAAACCCUGAAAAGGCUUUCACCCAGCCAGAAGAACAGAAAUCAUGGAUGCUUCCAAAAAGAUUUCAAGAGCGUGAAAUUGCUAUCUAUUCCAAAAAGAAGGAGUUCGAGGAAGAUAUUGCCAAACGUUUCAGGCUCUGGUCUAAUGCACGAAAAGAAAAGUUCCCGGAGAUUAAGGAACAGAUGACACAGAUGCCAGAAGCCUCGAACCAGUGAAAUGGGAAUGCCCUCACAAUACAGAAGCCGUGUGACGGUGAUAACCGAAGGCCUUCAAAGGCUUAGUGCUAUUUAAUGUGUAACAUUCAAUCUUCAUUUCCUAUCAUACUAGAUUUUAUUCAUGGCUGGUGCCUUAAUGGUGAUAGAUAUGUAAUAGUUGGUUGACAUCUGCAUGCUGAUUAACUCUCUGCCACUGACCACAUUCCACUGAAGGAAACGGAUCUGUUUCAUUGUGUGUUUGAACUCAAACAUGUUCUUUACAUCCUUCGUUUUGUGCCCUAUUUUGGAUUCACAUCUUUCUUGGUAAAUACAUGUACAUUUAUUAAGAAACAUUAUUUCCUUUCUUACUUACGCUUUUUUUAUCAACGUUCCAAGUAACAUAUUAAAUGAAGCAGAUAGUUUCAUGUAAUUGAAACUUUAAUUAAGAAAUAAGCGACUCGUGGGGGUUGUUUAUCGUACAAUAAAAUACUGGGGGCGGAGAAUAAACCAUGGGGGGCUACGCCUCAUGGUUUAUUCUCCCCCCAGUGUUUUAUUGUACGUUAAACAACUCCCACGGGUCGCUUAUUUCUUAUAUGAAAUAUCAACAUCAUGUACAGCAUAUUUAAGGAUGACGAUAAAAUGUACAAACUUAAAAAAAUAUUUACCUGUAUUUCAAUAGUGAUGGCGUGGUCCAACAUAAGACGUCAUCAAUUUGCGAGCACAUGUUGGUAUCUCCAGAAAUGAUGUCAUGGUAGAAGAAUGUUUCAUCGUAAAAUUAAAUACACUUCGUUCUUUAUUGUUCUUUGCGAUUUAUCGCUUUGCUACAUGUAUGCUAUAUUCUGCUAUAAAUGUAUAUUCGAUCUUUCUAAAAGAAACGAUAAAAUGAAAAUAGUUCUUCCACUUUAAUUAUUUGAUGAUACACACAAACACACAUAUGCUUUCGUUACUUCAUAUCUCGUAUAUCCAGUCAAACCACAACUUUAUAUUAUUUGUUCUCCCAUGUUGAUGCUCUGAUGAGUCCUUUGUAACAUUCUGAUUAUAUUACCAAGCUGCUUUAUAAACAUAUACUGUCUGCUAUAGCUAAGGAAAAAAGCAAUACAAACAACUACCUUAUACGAGAACUCAAAGUAUUUGACUACAAUGCGCUGUGGUUUCACAGCAGCAUAUGCAUUUAGACACAGCACAAAUAUAUGCAGUGACCUGGCAAUCCCAUACAUGCACACGCGUAUUUUGUCAAUGUACCUUUCAAUAUAAUAUGUUUAAUGUCGGAUGAUCAAUGUUGUAUGUUUAAUGCAGAAGUGCAUGCCUUAAAUGUAAACACCAGGUCCAUUAAAGAAAUACAGCAAGUUGACAUUUAUACAUCAGAGACUAAAGCUCUGUCAGGAUAUAGGACACUGCAAUAAAGUGACACAGCCCUUUCCAUACCCAACACAAAUCGCUGCCUGAAGCAGAGUCGAUUGUACGAUUCCGACUAUACCACGAGCAUGUGUUUAUGAAUCACUAUCAAAUAGUAAAGAUACAAGGGGCUCGAGAAAAGGUGAGCGUAUCCUGCCCCACCGGUGGCACUAUC